GACUCAUCAUAUAUAUACACACAUACAGAGAAAUUCGAGUUCCACAUAUAUAUGUACAAAUAGAAAACAAACCUCUCUCAAUUCACUCCUGUUUGAUACAAAAUGCUAUCCAUUGAAACAAACAACACAGCCAAACUCUUCGAUUAUUCCCCUAUGCCCGAAGAAUACACUUCAUCAUCAGCAGAACGAGUUGCUGCAAACGACGACCUCUCAACCGAAAUCUUAAUCCGCCUACCCUUGAAAUCCCUCCCAAGAUUCAAGUCUGUAUCCAAGCACUGGUUCUCUCUCAUCAGCAGUCCCCAUUUCACUCGCACCCGAAAUGUUGACCCAAGCACUGUCUCUGGCCUGUUCUUGCACUCAUCGUCAUACAUCCCCGAUCUUUGUUUCAUGCCUGUAAACACCGGCAAAAACGCAACUUCCAUAUCCUUUCCAGGUCUAUCUGACAUUUGCAUUAUAAAUUCUUGCUAUGGAUUAAUACUUUGUAAGACUACCAACAAGUAUCAUAUCCUCAAUCCUUUGACCAAGCAAUUCACUACGCUUCCUGAUCCCCAUCCUAAGCACGUAGGUUUGAGUCUAGCCUUUGACCCAUCAAGAUCACCUCACUACAAAGUUGUCUGUGUUUGGGGCCCUAUGCACUACAACAGCUACUACUAUUUUUAUAUGGAGCUAUAUGCAUCCGAGACCGGCUCUUGGAGGGCUUCUGGGGAACAUUUGGGGGCGGAUAUGUUCAUGCAUCUUGAUGGCGGGGUUUAUUGGAAUGGUGCAAUUAACUGGUUCUGUACCUGGGGGAAUUCCAAAUAUUUCAAUAUCGAUGAGGAACGUGUUGGAAUUUUGCCAAUGAUCCCAGGUCUAGGGAAUGAUGAGUAUGAGACGGAAUAUAAGUGUUACGUGGAGUCUCGAGGCCAUUUGCAUCUUGUUCAAGUGUAUGGUCUAAUGACUCGAUUCAAUGUUUAUGAGAUGGAAAGUGUUAAAAAAUAUAUAUAUUAUUGAUUGAUGAAUGUUGUGUGUAUUACAAAUAGUGAGUGGCUCAUUAUAUAGGAGUGGGUGAGUGUAGUAGGUGAGGAGUAGGUGAGGAGUAGGUGGUGGUAGGUGAUGGUAAAUGGGUGGUAGGUGAUGUAAAAUUUAACAGUCCCCCGCAAACUCAAGGAGGAUAGAAACUAACCAACUUGAGUUUGGAGAGAGGAACAAAAUAAUAAAAUACAUAAAAGUAAAAAAAUAAUAAAAAAAAGGAUAGGAGACACUGUAUGGUCGUGUCAGACCGUUGAUGAAGACACUGGAAGGUUGUGUCAUAACGAUGUAGAGGACACUGGAUGGUUGUGUCAUAACGUUGUAGAGGACACUGGAAAAGCUAACCGGAAUCAAUGUCGGGACAGUUUAUGGGGUCAUGUCGGACCGUUGAAAAAUGCGCACCCUCAAAAGGUGUGCCCAAUCUGUCAAAAGGCGUGCCAUCAAAAAGCGUGCCCAAUUUAUCAAAAGGUGUGCCGGACAUGAUGGCGAGGCACGUGAGUUUGUCGUCUUGGCUGGCGCGCCCGUUUGUCGUCUGGCGCAAGGGGCGCGCGAUACGCGUGGCUGCCUUGGCUAUUUAACCAAGGUUGAUGCUGAGGCGGAGGCAGACAAAAAAACUUCUGAAAAUCCCCUGAAAAACUCGUCCUUUGCUGAGAGAGAUACUCUGUAACACUCGGUAACACGCUGUUGCCCAGAAAAAUGGCUUCAUCUUCCCGCGGUCUGCUCACCCUCUUUCCCGACCUCAAUGAGUCAACAAGAGAGAUAACUGGAGCGGGGGCACUGGAACCUCAACCAAGUGCCCCGGAGUUUGCUCCGCUGAACUUUCCGAUGCGGUCUGUG